CCCGUCUCUCCAGAUCUUUCCGAAAUCCUUGUCCCUCUUUUCUUCCCAUAUUAUACACCACCACCACCACCUGUCCUUUUCGCGGCGCUGCUUGCUGUUGGAAUCUUGGAUUCUCAGUCCGAGAGUUGAUCGAUGGCGACGGGCCUUGACGUCGUGGGAUGAUUCUCCCUUCCCUCCGUCGCCUCCUCUCUGCUCAUCUUCGCACGGCCAUUCUCUGAUAGAUACUUCACACGCACGUUUGAAGCAGCUGCUCCCGUAGAUGGCGGCGGCGUGGUCUAGGAUCGGGAGGGGAGCGCAGCUGUCGCUGUCGCAGUCCCUGUCGAGGACCCUCUACGAGGGCGGCGUCGGCGGCGCGACACCGGCGGAGGCGGCUUCCGCGCUGCGCAGUGCCGCCGCGCUGUCCCGUGCCCGGGGCCAGCACGUGUCGUCGCUCCACAGCCUCGUGGGAAGGUCCGCCGGCGGCGGCCACCUCCUCCAGCCGCCGAGCAGGGGCAUCGUCACCACGCCCGCGAGGCUGCACCCCGCGUCGUCCGCGGCGGUGGCGGCGGAGCUCUCGGACGCGGAGACGAGGGAGCACGAUCCUGUGACGGCGCCGCCUCGCCAGACGCCGGGCCUCGGCCCGACGCGGCCCGGGGAGAAGCCGCGCGUCGUGGUGCUGGGCACCGGGUGGGCGGCGUGCCGGCUGCUCAAGGACGUGGACACGAGCGCCUACGACGUCGUGUGCGUGUCGCCCCGGAACCACAUGGUGUUCACGCCGCUGCUGGCGUCCACGUGCGUCGGCACGCUCGAGUUCCGCUCCGUCGUCGAGCCCGUCAGCCGCAUCCAGUCGGCGCUCGCCACCCGCCCCGGCUCCUACUUCUUCCUCGCCUCCUGCACCGGCGUCGACACCAAGGCGCACGAGGUGUACUGCACGGCCGCGUCCGUUGACGCUCAGCUGCCCAGCGACCCGUACCAGUUCAAGAUCGCCUACGACAAGCUGGUGAUCGCGAGCGGCGCCGAGCCGCUCACUUUCAACAUCAAGGGCGUCCAGGAGAACGCCAUCUUCCUCCGCGAGGUGAGCCACGCGCAGGAGAUCCGCAGGAAGCUGCUCACCAACCUCAUGCUCGCCGAGAAUCCAGGCUUGUCUGACGAAGAGAAGAAGCGGCUCCUGCAUUGCGUGGUCGUCGGCGGAGGCCCCACCGGCGUCGAGUUCAGCGGUGAGCUCAGUGACUUCAUCACGCGCGACGUGCGCCAGAGGUACGCGCACGUCAAGGACUACGUCAAGGUCACCCUCAUCGAGGCAAACGAAAUCUUGUCAUCUUUCGAUAUCGGGCUGCGGCAGUACGCGACGAAUCACCUGUCAAAGUAUGGAGUUAAUCUGGUGCGAGGCAUUGUGAAGGAGGUGAAGCCCACGGAGAUCACUCUGAGCGACGGCACCCGCGUGCCCUACGGCCUGCUGGUCUGGUCCACGGGCGUCGGCCCGUCGGAGUUCGUCAAGUCCCUGGACCUGCCCAAGUCCCCUGGCGGGAGGAUCGGCGUGGACGAGUGGCUCCGCGUGCCCACGGCCCCGGACGUGUUCGCGCUGGGCGACUGCGCGGGGUUCCUGGAAGGGACCGGCAAGCCGGUGCUCCCGGCGUUGGCUCAGGUCGCGGAGCGGGAGGGCCGGUACCUGGCGCGGCUGCUCGGGAAGGUCGCGGCGCAGAACGGCGGCAAGGCGCACUGCGCCGGCAAGGCCGACCUCGGGGAGCCGUUCGUGUACAAGCACAUCGGCAGCAUGGCGUCCGUCGGCCGGUACAAGGCGCUCGUCGACCUCAGGGAGAACAAGGAUGCCAAGGGGGUGUCGAUGGCUGGCUUCCUCAGCUGGCUGAUGUGGCGGUCAGCGUACCUGACGCGGGUGGUGAGCUGGAGGAACAGGUUCUACGUGGCGGUGAACUGGGGAACGACGCUUGUGUUUGGCAGGGACAACACCAGGAUUGGCUGACGAGGUGCAUCAGCUUUAAGCUGGUCUCUGAAAUAGUACACGGGAGCGAGAGACUGGUUUGUCAUUUUUGUUCUUUUGUUUGUAAUUCAACACGUGCUGAGAGAUUUGCGUUGGCUUCCAUACUCUCUCUAGAUAUUCGUUAGUGCAUGAGAUUUGCAAAUAUAAGGCACCAGGUUUUUUAAUAGAAAUGAAAAAGAAAACGAAAAAGAAAAAGAGAUUAAAGAUGUACUUGCGUGUGAUGGGAGGCUGUGUUUGACAUACUCCUAA